AUGAUUUCCGCUGCCCUUUGUCUUUUCUCCCAAUCCUCUUCCACCAUGCCUGACGAACAAAACUCUCGAGAGACUCCCGAGGAGUCGCGCACUGAGGCAGACACAUCUACGUCGAAGAACCCCACGGCGAAAGAUCGUAAAUGUCGAUACUGCGGUCAGUUCUUCACCUCCUCGUCGCUGGGUCGGCAUCUGGAUCAAUUCCUCUUUAAGAAGAAACCGGAUGGAGUGCACGAUGUCGAGGAGAUCCGGCGCGUUCGCAGCGGAAUCACUCGUCGCCAGGCGCGCACGGCCGGUGGGAAGCGCGACGGAACUCCCGACAGCGCACAGAGAGGCGCACCGCACUCAUACGCUGGCGACGCGGACAAAGGACGUGGCGCGCACCCGCGCAUGAUGUUCAACACGCCCACCUGGCAUGCUACAGGCGUAAUCAAUGACAUCCCCAACCCGAGCCGAAUCACGGAAGCACCUCGUGUUACGCCCACACAGACGCGAUCGGGCUCCAUCCAGCUGCCGGACUACUCGAGUCGGGGCGCAAAUACCAACAAUCCAGACACAUUGAGAGCGCUGGAACUGGCGUUGCGCGAAGUGCUCGAUAAUGUCAAAGCUGCAACCUCUCGAUUCAAAUCUCGCUUAAAUCCUUUCGACUUCGAAGUCUCGCAACAGACUUUCCCGUCUCUCUGCCUGCUCCUUCUGCCUCCUCCCACGAGUCUCUUUGCGACACACCCGUUCUCCACACCCGAUGCGUUUCCUCUCGAACCCCCCACCGAGGAGCACCUUCAUAUGGUGCGUCGCGCGCUUCGGUCUAAAGUCCAGCAAUGGAAGACCGAACAGCUUGCAGCCGAUCCCCAGGAGCAUGCGAAACAAAUGGGUACGAAGCACGAUCAGGGCAUGAUCUAUCGAACAGCCUCGCAACACGAGGAUCUUGGCGUCAGACAUCUUGAGCUUGCCUUCAAGCAUUGGAACAACCUAUCGGCGGAAGCUCGUCAGGAAACAUGGCAAUUGGAAAUCACGCGCGCCUUUGCGAAGGAGAUCGAAAGGCGCAAAUCGGUAGAUGAACAGCUGGCUCGGGUGCAGCAAGAAGCUAAUCAGCUGCGCGCACAAGUGGCGCGCUUGGGAUCAUGUCAAUGGCCGCGCGAAUUUGCUUUGUUUCCACCCGACAUGCUCCCCAUCUCCAGGGAUAUCGCACGGGAGCUAGAUUCGCAGGAGAGUCAGAUCAGUCCUGAUUCUGCGCGAUGGGAUUAUGACAACGUCGUGGCAAAGUGGAAGCGCGUAGUUAUGCAUGACAAGAGCAUUGGACGGCCAGGCGUGAGCUAUGCAGGACUUGAUCCCAGUAUCGGCCAGCCCACUAGCGAUUGUCGUGUUCCCCGACCGGGCGAGGAUACCACCAACCAUCCCAACCGUCUGCGGCCGCUGCAGUCUGCUUCUGCAAGGAGUCCGGAAGCAAACGCCACAUCUACACCUCCUUCUGCGCAGUACCAAUCUCCUUAUUCGCUUUCAGAUACCCGGAGUCCUGGUCCGCAGGUGAAGCGUCCUCGGUUGAUGAAUGGAUCCGAUGGCCCAGCGGCACCAUCGUCGGAUCCACCGUCGAGUAGCAAGCCCAUGGGUCCCUUGCCCUCGUGGACUGCUGGCUCGGCUCCUAUAAUGCUCUCCAAUGUGGCCGCGCCGUCGGGGCAAACGCCUCCGCCGCGUCAAUAA